CAGUACAAAACAUCUCAUUUCUGCCUGCUUAUUUCUGGCUGUCAAGCCCAGAAGCAGCUUUGUUUUCCUGUCUUCUUUCCUUUGUUUUCCUCUGAGACAGAGAGGCACCAGCAGUGCCAAAUAAUGUAAAUAACCAUUUUUUUUUUCUGAUGCUGGUGGGGGCAGAGAGUAGUUGUUUUGUGCCCAUGACUCAGAGGCAGCUACAAACACGCCGCACUUGCUGAUUUUUAUUCUCUAAGCAGACACCACAGAGUCUUUGCUGUUUUUCUGUAGGAGUUUCAUGGAGCUGAAAAAAAAAAUAAAAAAAUCACUGUGGGCAGAUUGUGCUGCCAUCCUCGGGAACUUUUUACAUUUUUGGCAACAGGGCUCAAAGCCCCAUGGGCAACCCAGCCUCUGUCCACUCAGUUCUGUGGCAAUGCCACGUCUCGGCACGGGGUUGAAAAGCCUCCAGCUGGUCCGUAGAGGGUCGAAAAGCCUUGAGUCGAAGAGCCGGGGAGCUGAAAUUGGGUUUCCAGAUGCCUGCAUGUGCUGCCCUUCCCUUGGACCAAGCGUUGUGAGCUGGGACAUCUUCCGCAGCCUGUGGGGUUGAACAAAGCUUGGAGUAAAUAUAAGCAGCAAGAAAUGAGGAUGUUUUCCCACGGACUUUAAGAAAAUGGCAUGUCUGGGCCUAAAAUAGCAUUUUGGAUAUUUUUUACAAGAACUGGCUGGAAAAAAAAAACAAAAACAGAACAGGAAAGAAAGGGACUUUGAGGAUGGCAGAAGCCCUUCCUGAUGCAGGUGAGGACCCCGCUGCUGCAAUGAUGCCCCCGCGCCAAGGAGCGAAGGAGAUGACUUUUAGCCUCAAGUGCCUUAAGGACAAAAUGGUCCCCAUCGGGGUCACCGUGCUCGUGGCAGCGUUGCUGAUCGCCGUCAUUGCCCUGGCGGCCAGGAAAUGUCCGUCCUGCCCCUCUCCCAUCCUUCCCAGCUGCUCAGGGAACGGCAUCGGGUUUGGGGAGAAAUGCUUCUACUUCGUGGAGGAGGAGGCCGACUGGAACAGGAGCCAGAGCUUCUGCCUUUCCCGACGAGCCCAGCUGGCCACCAUCGACAGCCAGGAGGAUUUGCACUUCCUAUUGCGCUAUGGGCGUGCUUUGCACUACUGGGUCGGUCUGCAACGGGAGGGAUCCAACCCCUGGAGAUGGUUCAACGGGUCUCUCUUCAACAACCUGUUCGAUAUCCGGGGCAAUGGCCAAUGUGCCUACAUCAACCUCGACGGGGUCAGCAGCGACUGGUGCUCCCAGCUGAAGUAUUCGGUCUGCAGCCACCCCCUGAAGAGCCCCAGGGGAGCGCGGAGGGGAGGAGAGCCCUGAGCUGCCCCCUGCAGCAUCCUCCUGUGUCCUGGAGUCGCCUCCGAAUUUCCACCGUGAAGAUGACGAAGAGAAAGCUGCUAUCAUUAAACCCCCUUAUGUAGGGUUCCUGACGGUACAUUAUUUAAAAAAAUAAGUCUUAAUUUAUUUUAACUUCAGCUUGCAGAAGUAGAAACUCCUCGAAGCAACAGCGUGGAGCUCUGGGACCAAAGGAUCCUUCAACCACUCAUGUCUUUGUGGCAGUUGCAGAGAGACUUGGCAAUAUCCAAGAGGUUUGGAAAAAAUAUUUGUCCAGCACUCUGAAGCUUAAUCCUGAGGGUUUGGUGCCCUUGUUUGGGGGAUUCAGAGGUAGGAGGAGAAAGGGAAAGCGGAGGAACAAAGCAGAGCUGGGAGAAGCCACCAGCCUCAAAGCUCUGGAGCUGCUUUUUGGCAUCCCGGUGCCGUGUCCCAUCUCGUUUGUGCCUUGUCGUGGCUCCCUCGGGCGAAGCUGUGCUUAAAUCUUGGUGGCCUCUUUCUGGCAAAUCCAAUGCAACAGCGUGCUGCACGUGUGGGAGCGGAGCUGCCCCUUCCACAUCGAUGCACAGGCGUUCACCCUCCUUUCCCCCAUCACCUGCAGCCUGGGGAGCACCGUAAGCGUGAUUUUAAUCAGCCCAACAAAAAGCGCUUGGAUGCUGCUUCCAGCAGCAACGUUUCAGUUCAUCAGAUGUUUUUUUCCCCAAAAAAGACCCUUAAAACAAGUCAGCUGUUCAGCUUGGAGCGUACCACCCCGUUUGCCUCCUGUUUCUCCAGAGAAAGCAAUUUUCCAGCUUCUGCCCCACAAAAAAUCACUCAUUUCUCCUCCCUACGCACCCUCUGCUCUGUCUAAUAAAUAUUUAACUCUC